AAUAAUCAUUUGUCUUCGUAAUUGCUGCAUAGUAUUUUUUUUUCUUGUCUGCUGGCCGUAGUUUUGUUUCAAUCAUCAAACCACUAGCUGGACAAAAAAAAAGUGCUUUGUGAAUAAAAAUCCACUGUGAGUUGUUUAAUGUGAAUAAGGGGGUUAAUAUCAUGAAAUUAAAAUGAAGCAGAAUCUUCAUCAAAUAAUUCGACCACUAGUCCUCCUCCUAAUCUUCACAUCAUUCUGUGGCAUGAUGGCAACAACCACCCGAAAGUCCAGAGUAUCGAGAAGAUUAGAGGCUUGUUGCUACUACGUCACCCAUGGAUACUACCCCGACUACAUCACCUACUACACCCCAGAGGAAUUAAAUGAGUACAAAUUGUGGAGUGAGACUGACAAGGAUAUUUUACAAGUGUGCAAUCUCAGUGAAAAUGGGGAAGAUAUUCAAAUAUCUCGUCCCCCUGGGCAUGAUGGUGAGAAUUCACUGGCAAAUGAUACCACGAUCCAUGCACAAGCACAACCAUCUCACGAAAUUGAUGAAAAGUCGCAAGUUUAUGUGAAAAAUAGCAUCCCAAAUCACGUCACACUUCAGCCAAAUAUUGUGCCGGAAGAAUCCUCAAAAAUGGAAAAUCCUGAAAGUUGCAAAUUGGUCAAACAAGUCACAGUCUCAAUAAAUUUCUACGUAAGCGUAAAUCCUCACACAGGAAGUAUCGAAAUUAUGCAUGUGAAAAGUGACACAAAAAGGUAAACUCUCUUUACAAUCUCCGACAAAACAUUAAUGGAAAAUGGAGGGAGAGGAAAAGCGAAAAUAAAAGGGAAAGUGCCAAAAGCAUCGAGUGGAAGAGGAUCAAGCAGCAAAAAAACGAGUAUACUGAACACGCUGAGCAUUAAAUAUUCAAAUUUACAUAAGAAAAUCAGGAAAAUUGACAUAAUUUGUGGCAUAACUUAAAUAUGUAUGAAAAAGGAAUAUAAUGGAGUGGAAAUUGUAAUUGAAUGUUAUAUAUGGCUGAGUAAUAAAUCAUUUUCCUGACGA